AUGUCAUUGCACAGUGGUUACUGGAAGGAAGGGAGCCCGGCCCUAGAGAGGGGUAAUACACACAGCCCACCCUAUUAUACAAGAGGUCCUGAGCACUUCCCUUCCAGUCUUUGUGCCCUACUGCAAUAAUGCUUCCACCAUUAGUGAACAAAGAGUUUGCACAGAGUGAACAGCUGAACCAGCAGAAAAGAUCAGUGCGAGCUCCCGGGAACAGACUGAGAAUGGAGCAAAACGGCACAGCCAACGGUACUCAUCAGGGUGUUUUUCAGACUGUGGGACGGCAAGUUUGGCUUCUCUCGGACUCUGCGGAAACUCAGAAGGAGACAUACAAGGCUCUGGAUUCAGCACUGAGAGAGCAAUGUGCGGAACAGUCUGUAAAUUAUCAAGUUGUCAUGUUGCAAGAUCUCAUCAUGUCUGUGGAACGGGGGCACCUGAGGCUUUAUGUGAAGGGCUGGCCAAUAAAUAUAUACCCGCAAGUUGUGUACUUCCGUGGACACACUCCUGAUUUCAAAAUGGAUGGAGAAGUGACUAUCCUUCGGCACUUGGAGAAGAUUGGCUGUCGUGUGGUGAAUCGCCUGCAGCCCAUGCUGCGGUGUAUUAACAAAUUCUGGACACUACAGGAGCUGGCUGGACAUGGUAUCCCAGUGCCAGACAGCCUGUCGUAUGGAGGUUACUUGGGUAUGCAGCAGUUAAUCGAAUUAGGGGAGUCCCAGCUUUCCUAUCCUCUAGUAGUAAAGAACACUCGGGGAUGUCGUGGGAAUGCUGUGUUCCUUGCUGGAAACAAAGGUCAAAUGUUGGAGAUCCAGCAUGUGUUAAAAAUGGAUACGCCGUACCUCUUCCAGCAGUACAUCAAGGAAUCUCAUGGUCGUGAUGUUCGGGUCAUGGUUAUUGGAGGCCAAGUUGUGGCUUCUGCAAAACGCAUUUCUCAGGGUGGACGGCUGCAGAGUAACUUUUCCCAAGGUUCUCUCCCAGAACUUUACACUUUGGAUGAGAGUGGCAGGAAUCUGGCUUCACGAGUUUCAGAAAUUCUAGGGAUGGAUAUCUGUGCAAUUGACCUGCUGAUACGAGAUGAUGGCUCAUUCUGUGUCUGUGAGGUGAAUAGUAACCCUGGAUUCAUACCACUCGGUAAGACCUGUAAUUUGGACAUCCAUUCUCUCAUUGCUCGACAUGUAAUAUCUUUUCUACAAAACCCAGGAAACUGCGACAAUAACAACUAACUGUCCAAAACUCCUUCUCGAACCGUUCCUGACUUCAUCUGUCAAGAAUCCAAAAUCAAAUUCUCUUAUUGAACAGAAGGGUGGAUCUCAGUUUGAUUGGAGUGAGCCAAUAGUAGCCGCUCACUGUUCCUUCCACUAUCCUAGGAGAAUUAUUGCACAGUCGCACCUAUUUGGACAAUUAAAGUACUUGAACUAUUGGGAAUAUUGUAAUUCACGGUGGGUAAAUGGUGUCCCAGAAUAACCAACUAAUAACACUAAAACUGAAUUUCCCAAUGAACAGUUUUUUUUAAACUUCUCAAAUAAUGGAAGAAAUGUUGGAAUGGCAUCGAAUCUGUUUGUGCUACA